UUUCCCUGCAGAAUGGAGGACCAGGACAGAGUAAGCCAAGCAUCCAGUGUGGCCACCAUUUCUUACUUUCCUGGCAUAAAGGAAAGUGAUGGAAAGGUGCAAACAUUUGGGAAAAGAUGUCAGGCUGCCAAGAGAGACCCCAACUGUCCUGUGGUCAUUCGAGGAUGGCUCAACAAAAAAGACAGCUCUGGUUUGAAGCUAUGGAAGAGAAGAUGGUUUGUCCUCUCUAACUACUGUCUGUUUUACUAUAAAGACAGUAGAGAAGAAUCUGUGCUUGGCAGCAUCCCACUUCCAAGCUACAAAAUCCUGUUCUGCACACCACGAGAAUGCAAGAACAGAAAAUUCACGUUUAAG